UAUCAUUCGUUCAAACGCUAAUAAUUCAUAGUUUAGUAUGGUCUAGACUUUUGGAACGGCUCCUUACUUCGCUCGAGGAUUAGCGCACAACUAUCAGGGUUUCUUGACAAUUAUUGAUAAUGAAUUAUAGUAAUUGACCGUGAAUGGUGGUUGUUGAUAUAAAUAUGGUGACAAGGAUAAAUCGACGCAGUUCGUCGUCACUUUCAAUGUUAUACAUUACGUUAACACUAAUAACAUUGCUAGUUGAUUUAGCAUAUUGUUCUGUAACGUGUGGCCUUGGUAUAAAAUCAGUCGGAGGUACGGUCCCUAGUGGUGACAUAGUACUAGAAUAUGGCAGUGGCGUUCCCUUGGAAAUCACAUGCAUCUUGCAAUCCGAUACCAUAAUAGUGCAGAAUUUAUUUCGUGAACGAAUAGAUAGUAAUAAUAAAACCAAAUUUCCAAGCCACAGGAUCGUGUUUUAUAAGAAUGCUGAAAUCGUACCAAGUCAAUAUGUGACAAUCGUCAACUCAACAGCAGCUCUACUACGUAUCCCAAACCCCCCAGCUGGUCGAAAUACCUAUUAUUGCACACUAUUACUUGAUUACGAACUUCGACAAAAUGACAGUUAUGCUAAUUCCGAUGGCGAUCACUCGUCUACUACACUAUCUAGUGAUUCAUCUACAUUGCCACCAGUACAACCUGCAACUACUAGCUCGACCACGGAUGGAUCUCAUCAGCUGGGAUCACUACUUGGCGUAUGUUUGAAUACAGUCUAUGUUGGAUAUAAACCUGAAAUCAUAAGAAAUUUUACAUGUAUCUCUGAGAAUUGGGUCAAUUUGAGGUGCAAUUGGAGUACAUCAGAAAACCCAAUCAGAACCACUUAUAAGUUGUUAUUCAGAUUACCCGGUCGUGCUGGAGGCAGAAUCUUUAUAAAUUGUCCAACGGAUUCAGAUAUCAGAGAUAACAAUUGCUAUUGGGAUUUUUAUACUAAACCGAUGUAUAGACAAGCUUACGAGUUUUACGAUUUUAGAUUAAACGGUCAAAAUGCUUUGGGAAAUGUAUCUACAUUCUUCAACUUUCAUCAUUACGCUAACAUUAUUCCUGCGAGUCCUAUAAAUAUAACCGUGAUCGAAAAAACAGAAUCGAGUGUUAUGUUUAAAUGGUCUGUAGGAACAAUGACAAACUUUCCACGUGAUCUAAUUCAUAAGAUCGAAUAUAAGUCACAAUGGGAUUCCAAUCCUGAACAAUGGCAUUCUGUAAAUAUAAGCGACGAGUGUAAUGCGCCAAUACUAUCCAAUAAAACAAAUUCAUUUCUGUAUGAUAUGAAUUGCCAAGAACGUGAUAAUGAUUUUUAUUAUUUUAAUGUCACUGGGCUAAAAUAUCCAUUCACACAUUACGAUUUUCGCAUAUACGUACGCUCUUCGCUUGCCCGCGGAGAGGAUAAAUGGUCUCUUCCUGGUUGUAUAACUCUGAAAACAAAAUCUUCAAUUCCAAAAAGACCUCCAAGAUCUGAUCUUGGUAUCUUUGAUUGUAUUACGUCACGAACCGAUAAAACAAAAAGAGAUAUAUUCAUUUAUUGGCAAAGAAUUGAUGAUAGUGAAAAAUGUGGUGACUCGUUUGAAUACCGUGCUUACUACACUUCAAACAUAAUGCCAAACGAAACCACCAUUCACUAUAGCAAUGAAAUAUAUGAAAGUUAUGCCAAGUUUCAAGGACUCAAUACUUCGGUUGGUUACAACUUUACAGUGUAUUCAUCCAACAAUCAAGGGUUGUCAACAGAUUAUUCAACAAUUUACGUACCUAGUGAAUCAGAGAGACUUGAAAAACCAAUAUUACUGACAAAAAUAGUAUUUGAUCAACAAGGUGUUUUUGAACUAUCCUGGAAAAAUGCUGGUACUACUAAACUAUCCACUGCCGAUGAAGAUAAUUAUUAUACAUUAUUCUGGUGUGAAAAUGUUAAGGGUCAUCCGCACCAGUGUAAUGGUUAUGUGAACUGGACGCAUGUCCCUGGUUCAGAAUUUCGCUACAAUGUCACUAUAUUGAAUUAUAAUGUUAAAAACCAUUAUCAAUUUGCAAUAAGUGCUAACAGUCGCCGUUUACUAAGUAAUGAAACCAAUUGUUAUCAUAAAAACAAUAGUAACAGUAGCGGAAUGGUGUGGGAAUCGUGUACAAUACAAAAUAAUAUAACUUCUAGAAAGGUUGAGAACGUUUGGGUUAGUAUAAUCGGCUCGACUUUUAUUGGUUUGAAGUGGAAUAUUAACUGUACCGACAGAAUCGGUUUGGUUGGUGAAUAUCAAAUAUUUUAUUGUUCCGUUGCUUCCGUAAACAGUAACAUGUGCAAUGGAUCUAUGUUGUCCAAAACAAUAAGCAGAGAAGCAGCACAAAAAGAAGGAGGUUUUACAUUAGUAACGAAUCUUAAGCCUAAUACUACGUAUAUUAUUUCAAUAACAAUUAGUACAAAUUAUGGCAAAGGAAUACAUAGUGAUCCUUUACUAGUUACCACAUUAGGCUUAGGAGGAGGUGCACCUAUACAAUUUGACUUCACUUACUAAGAACUUCAACAUUACUUCGCGUUCAAUUACAAUACGCAAGAGUUCCAACAUACCUAGAUUGUAGGUAGUGUAUUAGUACUUCGUCUAUGAAGCAUCCUGCAAACGAGUAAUGACAACAUUGUAUCUUAUGUAGUUUUAUGUAGUAUACAAUCAUGAAACCUAUUUUGACUUCUUCUAUCACACUCUCUUUAAAUUUAUAAUCAAUAUAGUUUAACUAUUUAUGUAUAA